CAACCAAAAAAAAAAAAAAAAAAAGUUGACCAUAGUCAACACAAGAAUUUAUAAUUUCUACCUCACAACUUUCCCAGAUUCAGCAAUGGGUCAUCAUCGACUGAAUUUUUGGCGGUGAUUAUAUACGACAUCGUUUAAGUUUUUCAAUGCAUUGUUGUGCAGCAUUUUCCCACGUGUGGACACCAUAUAAAUGGAUGGAUAUGCACCUAUUUACCUGCCGCGUAGAAAUCCGAAAUCACUACAAUACCCUUGUCCCGAAAGGGUCCGCUGUGGCUGGAAUUCUGUGGAACUUACUGGGAAAUUUGAAUAACUCAUGGGAGGGUAGUUUCGUCCAUUUCUCUCUUCCCUCGCCCGCUCUUUGUUCAAAUAGACGGUCAAUUUCUGUGGGAAAAGGGGUAAAAGAGAUGAAUUACGAGCAGAGGCUCAAAGCCGCGGCUAAAAUCGUGCUGGAGGCGGACGCACGAGCCGGCGACGGUCAAAUAAACCCUGACGAGCUCGGUGUUACGGCCACACUGAAGCCUCAUCAAGUCGAAGGCGUUUCAUGGCUUAUACGGCGAUAUGUUCUCGGAGUCAACGUCAUUCUUGGAGACGAGGUACGACUACUUCUCGUGGGUGGUCCUACAUAAAAAUAUGGGACUAGGCAAGACUUUGCAAGCCAUCUCUUUAAUGAGCUAUUUGAAAAGUCGCCAUAUGUCACCUGGGCCAUUUUUGGUACUAUGUCCUCUGAGUGUGACGGAUGGUUGGAUAUCAGAGAUGGAGAAAUUUGCUCCAAAACUAAAAGUUCUUCGAUAUGUUGGUGAGAAAGACCACCGCCGCAGUCUGCGGAAAAUAAUAUAUGAGCAAGUAAAAGAACAGUCUGAUGUGAUUUUUGAUCCUGCUGUAUACGGACAGAAACAGGUCUUGUUACCCUUUGAUGUGCUGUUGACAACAUAUGACAUAGCAUUGAUGGAUCAGGAUUUCCUUUCUCAAAUACCAUGGCACCUUGCAAUAAUUGAUGAAGCUCAAAGGCUUAAAAACCCUUCCAGUGUCUUGUACAAUGUCCUGAGGGAGCGCUUUCUCAUGCCAAGACGACUGUUGAUGACUGGAACCCCUAUUCAAAACAAUCUUGCAGAGCUUUGGGCUUUGAUGCAUUUUUGUAUGCCUUCUGUCUUUGGAACACUGGAUCAGUUUCUUUCCACAUUCAAGGAAGCUGGAGAUCCUUUGUCAGGCCACGAGAGAUCUAAGGUAAAUGAGCACUUUAAAAGCCUAAAAUGCAUAUUGGGAGCAUUCAUGCUUCGGCGUACAAAAUUAAAACUCAUUGAGUGUGGAAAUCUAGUCCUGCCACCUCUUACUGAGUUAACUGUGAUGGCACCACUGGUCAGCCUGCAAAAGAAGGUGUACCUGUCAAUAUUGAGGAAGGAGCUUCCUAAACUACUUGCAUUUUCUUCUGGAUCUUCAAAUCAUCAAUCCAUGCAGAACAUUGUAAUACAGUUACGAAAAGCAUGUAGUCAUCCUUAUCUCUUUCCUGGCAUUGAGCCUGAACCAUAUGAGGAGGGUGAACACCUGGUUCAGGCCAGUGGUAAACUUAUUAUUUUGGACCUACUACUCCAAAAGCUGUAUGAUUCUGGACACCGUGUCCUUCUCUUUGCUCAGAUGACAAAUACACUUGACAUACUACAGGACUAUUUGGAGUUGCGAAAAUAUUCCUAUGAGCGUCUUGAUGGUUCAAUUCGAGCUGAGGAAAGGUUUGCUGCAAUUAGAAGCUUUAGCAAGCAACCAUCUAAAGGGAGUUUGAAUUCUCAAGCUGAUGAAAAUGGGGCUUUUGUUUUUAUGAUCUCUACAAGAGCUGGGGGAGUUGGUUUGAAUCUUGUAGCUGCUGAUACUGUUAUAUUCUACGAGCAAGAUUGGAAUCCCCAGGUUGAUAAGCAAGCUCUGCAGCGAGCACACCGGAUUGGUCAGAUGAAUCCUGUGUUGUCUAUAAACCUAGUUACUGGACAUACAGUGGAGGAGGUUAUUAUGCGGAGAGCAGAGGCAAAGUUGGAACUUAGCCAUAACGUGGUCGGGGAUGAUGCUGUGAACCAGGAAAGUAAGGAAUUGGUAGGAGUUGAAGGUAGUGAUUUGCGAUCCAUCAUAUUUGGGUUGCACAUCUUUGACCCCAGUGAAAUCAACAAUGAACAAUCAAGUGAAUUAAAGAUUCGAGAAAUGAGUGCAAUGGCUGAGAAGGUAAUUGCAAUGCGCCAUGAACAAAAAGCAGGCACGGAUAACAAGAAAUUUGAGGUUAAUCCAACAGAUAUAUUGGAUAAAUGUGAUGUAGCAUCAGGAGCAAACUCAGCCGCAUACAUUUUUAAUUCUGGUUUCGAUGAGGCUUCAUAUCUCUCAUGGGUUGAAAAAUUUAAGGAAUCAUCACAAGCAACUGGUAACCAAGUUGUGGAAUUGGGAACAACAAGGAACUUAUCAGAGGAAAAGCAUAGAAAAUUAGAGGCUGCAAAGAAGAAGGCAGAAGAAAAGAAGUUGUCUAAGUGGGAAGCCUCUGGAUAUCAUUCACUGUCUGUGAGAGAGCCUAUUGAUCCUGCUACUGGUGAUAUAAUAUCAGAUUCAGGUUCUGUUCAGUUUGUUUAUGGAGAUUGUACUGAUCCUUCAAAAGUGUGUCCGUCUGAACCUACCAUUAUAUUUAGCUGUGUUGAUGAUUCUGGAAAUUGGGGACAUGGAGGUAUGUUUGAUGCACUGCUCAAACUAUCUGCAACAAUCCCUGAUGCAUAUCAACGGGCUUCUGAAUUUGGGGACCUGCAUCUUGGUGAUCUUCACCUUAUUAAAGUGAAUGAUUACUGUAAUGGGCAGAGUAUGGAUGAUAAUACUCCUCAAUGGGUGGCUUUAGCUGUUGUGCAGUCUUAUAAUCCUAGGCGCAAAGUCCCUCGCAGUAAGAUCUCUCUUCCCGAUUUGGAACGUUGCUUAUCAAAGGUAUCAUUCUCAGCGGCUCAAAAUGCAGCUUCAAUCCACAUGCCACGUAUCGGUUAUCAAGAUGGAUCAGAUCGCUCAGAAUGGUACACUGUGGAACGUCUUCUACGAAAAUAUACGACCAUAUAUGGAAUAAAGAUUUUUGUCUAUUAUUACCGAAGGUCAUCUUGAGGCUUUCAGGUGUUGUUCACCCUGCAACGUUUUCUCUAACUUUGAAUAGUUUUGCCUAUAUGUGUAAAUAUUCAUUAUUUGACCUAAGAUCGAGCAGUGGUUAUCUCUCGUUCCUUUCUUUGUUGUACUCUUUUGUAAGAAAAUGUAAUGUUGUAUAAUUUAAUAUAGAGAAGUGUUUUAUCUUU